AUGCAUCUGCUACAAGGAUAAGACUUGAUUUGCAUGAUUAGAACCAUUUUUAUCUUAAUCACCAUCAUUCGCAUUUGUAAUAUAAAAGAUCUUAGACUUGGAAAUGCCCUCUGUACUGCCUAAACUAUUAUUAAAUUGGUGGAGUAGCCAAGUAGGUUUACAAUAUCUUUGAUCACCUAAUAAAUUAGAGGAAGUAUGUUGAUGUUGAUAGUAACAUUAUUAAAAAGUUACGUCCCUUGCAUUAUUUAACAGGUACAAUAAGUUGGUGAACCAAAAAAUUCAAGGUUUUAAUAAAUAAACAAAUGGAAUAGACUUGGAAAACACAACUUAUGA